AUCAUCAAAGCUAGUUCCUGUUCUCCCCCACUGAGGCGCAGUGGAGUUCGCCAACCUUCCCCGUCGUUUAUGCCGCCAGUCGUCGGUUAACUUAGCCUGGAACACCGGUGCCAUGAAAGGAGUGCGUUUUUUAGUGGUUGUCUUGGUGCUGAGCGCCUGCUUCCUCUCCCCUGGCGAAGCGGCGAGGAGCAGGACCAGCAACCAAAACAGCUUCCGCCGGGCAGCUAACGGUGUUUACCAGACCCUGAGCAAUGUUUUCGGGGAAGACAACAUUCGGGGGAUGUAUAAGUUCUUCUCCAAAACGACGGAGCGGUUUGUCCAUGGGGUGGACUCUUUCAUCGACACCAUCUGGAAGGUUUGGUCGGACCUCCUGGAUGUGAUGGGCAUCGACUCAUCGAACCUUACCCACUACUUCAGCCCCACCUCGCUCGCCAACUCCCCAGCACGUGCUCUGCUUCUUGUGGCCGCCGUCCUCCUGGCGUACUGGUUCCUCUCCUUGUUCCUGGGCGGAUUCUUCUACUUGCUCCACGCUGUUUUCGGACGCUUCUUCUGGCUGGCCCGUGUCAUCCUCUUCGCCCUGUCCUGCCUGUACAUCCUGCAGAAGUUUGAGGGCGACCCCGAGCGGGCGGUGCUGCCGCUCUGCUUCAUCAUGGCUGUGUACUUCAUGACGGGCCCCGUGGGAGCCUACUGGAGGAGGGGAGGCGGUGCUGGCUCUUUGGAAGAGAAGAUCGACCACCUGGACACUCAGGUCCGGCUGCUCAACAUCAGGCUCAGUCGGGUCAUCGACGGUCUUGAACGUAAUGGAGAGUAGCGGCUUCAACAGGAAAAGAGCGUCAUACGAUUCCUCAUUUGAAAUGUCACUGGUUAGAAAACACUGUUGUCAGUGAGGGAUUUUAACAUAACUUAAUUUUACUGCUUGAAAAGAUGAGCUGAUGGAAGAGAUGUCCAUCUACCAAUACAAGGGUUUGACAGGUCUUUCCGGGGUGUUUGGUGUGAACCUUAAGGGAGGCACUCCGAAACACGAGAUUUGAUCCUGUGCUCCAUUAUUGCUAGCGCGCAAACCAUAAGCAUAUUUGUCCGUGUUUUUAGCUUGUACACCUGUGAAUAGUUCUGACAACAGCGUGUGAAGGAGGCUGACAGACCCGUCUGUCUUUUACUGAAAUCAGUUUUAAAGACAUCCCAUAAUCUUUUUAAACAGGAAGAGCCGCUCCCUCCUCUCACACCGUUCAACUUAUACAGAGCUAUAAGUGGAACGUGGUUAGAAAAUGUUUUAUUGUGUUGAAAGAUUUUAAGAAAAAGAAAACAAUGUUGGGGACCAGCUGAGAAAUAAUAUGUCAUCCUUUCCAAAUGUCCGAUAUUUAUACGUGGUAAUACAUAUUUAAUCUUUUUUUUUUUUGUUUUUUUUUGCAUCCAAGCUGAUAGAUGUAGUUGAGGUCAGUUAGUCAUCUCCCAUAGGUAGCGUAGUUUGAUCGCGUCCGUUGGUGUGUACAGUUUGCGUAGGA